AUGUCUGUAAGAAGAAGUUCAAGGCUGGCCAAGACAGAGGCUACGGCUGCAAUUGAGCCAGAACCGGAAUUGGACCAGCCGCCAUCACCUCCACAGCCAAAACAGAACAACAAGCGAAAGGCUGCUGUAUCAGAUUCGGGACCAAAAGCGAAGGUCGCGAAGAAAACGAUCAAGGCUGCAUCUACGGCGAGCAAAAGGAAGGCAACAACACAAGCGCGCGACAUUCCGAAAAUAGACAGGCUCUCCAAUUUGUCUCCAGAAAUGUUUGCCAUUGUCUUUAACAAUAUCAAAGACAAGGCCACUCUUAAUCGUCUCGGUAAAACAUGUAAAACGUACUACUCGCUCACAGCCCCAGUGCUCUACGAGCGCAUUUCCGUUGCUGCAAUGUUUCACGCCCACAUCGCAAAGGCUAUUCGCACCUUGGAGCCUCACCUGAGCAUAAAGCAAAGGAAGCAGCUGAAGAAAGAGGGCACUUACAGGGGCCAGAAAGACCUUUACCCGACUGACCUCAAGCCUGAUGAAACACCUGUUUGUGCAGAGUAUGUACAGCAGCUUAUUGUGGGAGUUGUCAAGGCUGGCAGAAAGCAUGAUUAUAUCGUGCAUCGCUACAUCGAAGAGGCCAUGAAAAACAUGAAAAAUGUUCAGGUAUUUGAGGCUCUAUGUCUCACCGAGUCAAUGGCACAAUCUCUCGCUGGGUACAAAAAGCUACAAGCGUUGUCUCUCGAUAUUGAACACCUUGACUAUCACCCGUUGCGUAAAAUCAAGAACUUGCAACAUCUAGUCAUAAGUGCUGGUUACCAGACUGAUACCGUCAGAUCUCUCCUGCUGAAUUCUAGAUCCAAGCUCAAGACCUUGGAUGUUUCCAGCGACUGUUUUGACUUUUUCGACAAAUGGGACCAAGUCAUAAAAUCCAAAGACCAGAAGCAUUACCUUCCAUGUCUUAAAUCACUCACUCUUUCCAGUUAUGGUUACGAAUUCGAUCCAAAACACAUCCAGGCGCUACUGAAGGCGAUUGACUUUGUUAGGUUGCAAGAGCUGGUUAUCAAGUCUUUGCCUGAUGGUUUGCCUGUGCUGUUCCGAGAACUGACCGGACUCUUCUCGACUGCAACUUCAGGUUCUGGUGUACACCUGCGGAGCUUGGAUCUUGACAUGGGAGAUCGUGGAUGGGGGACAUCCGACAGUCAGAAACAAGAGACUACGGACGCCAAAUGUGAAUUCCUAUCUUCGUUCAACACUCUGAAGACCCUUAAGUUUGACGAUUAUGGUCAAUACAAACUCGAAGUCACUGAAAACCCAGAACUUCCGAGUCACCUUCUUCAGGCUAUCCUGAGACACCAAGAUUUGGAAAAGCUCAGUAUAUCGUAUGGAGGAGUCACUUCCGGCUACCAACUACCAUAUCUGAAGCCAGCUACCGUUGCGACCCUACUUGACAAUCUCCCUCAUCUAAAAGAGAUCGAUAUCGCCCCGGAAGAAAAGGAUUUGGAUGGACUGGCUGAGGCGGUGUCACGUGGCUCCAACCUUGAGGUUAUCGAAUUCUCUUGCACAGAGAGUUGGGCAAAGUCUUACCUUUACGACAGUGAAGACCCUACGAAGCCUCUGCUCCAUGCGGUUCUGAAGGGCUUUCUCGCCAAAGCUAAUGUCAGGGACGAUGAGAAGUUCUGGUGGGAGGAUCACUCCAAGGUCAGGCGUGUAACUGUGAACUGCGAGAUCUACGAGGUCGCGUCAAAGUUUGGCAAGGGUGGCAAGGGAAUUAGUAAGCCCGAGAAAUUCACGCUGCCGGAGUAUCCUCAGCGGGAGGUCAUGUUUCGUAACGUGACUAGACUUCAGCCUACUACAUUGCAUGUUGGAUUUAAUCCACAUUUCACCUGGGUUGAGAAGGUGUCCAAAGACUUGGACUAG